GAGCAGGUUUAAUACACAUUUCCGUUUACUGGUGCUAAAUAUGGAGAUGGAUUGAAUGUACAUGCCUUGUAUGUAUUUCAUAAUGCAUGUGUGAAUUAAAUGAUGAAGAAUGAUGGAUUGGAGAUCCAUCCAAUUGGAGAUCUUUCAUGCUUCUGUAUGCUGUUUUUUCAAGUCUUUCAAAAAGUUGUGGGGAGGACAUCGACUUUAGUAAAAAGUGGUAAUAACAUCCCACGCUCAUCCACAAAAGAUGCCUAUGAUAAGAUAAACUCAGGAUGAGAUUUUUUUUCUGAUGUAGUGUUGGGGUGGAGACAGGGAACUCUUGAUAAAUGUGGCGGUUCUUGUUUUUCAUCUCAUCAGAAAGCUGACGGUCAAGAAACAGUGAGAUCAGAGAGCAGAGCAGAAGGAUGAAGUUCAACAGGGCUUUGAGUGUUGCUGCAGUCACACUUCUCUACAUAACAGGUUCGCUCUGCCAGUUAGAUGUAUGUGGUCGAGCCCCUCUCAGUAACAAGAUUGUUGGAGGAGAGAAUGCGACGGCAGGUUCUUGGCCGUGGCAGGUCAGCAUUCAUGAGGUUGGGUUUGGACAUAACUGUGGUGGGACUCUCAUCAAUAAAGACUGGGUGUUAACUGCAGCGCACUGCUUCCAGGAGUUCAAUGCAUCUUACAUUAUGUACUUUGGUCGUCUGAACCAAUCCGGCUCAAACCCUUAUGAGACAAACAGGACAGCGAGUCAAAUCAUCAACCAUCCUAACUUUAACAUUUCUAAUGCUGACAAUGAUAUAGCCCUGGUCCAGCUCUCCUCCUCUGUGACUUUCUCUGAUUACAUUAAGCCGGUCUGUCUGGCAGCGGCUGGGAGUGUGUUUGGUGGAGGGACAGAGAGCUGGGUCACUGGAUGGGGUUAUCUGCAAUCUAAUGGGACUCAGCUUUCUAACACACUGCAGCAGGUGAUGAUACCAGUCGUGAAUAACAGUGCCUGUGCUAAAGCUUAUGAAGGGGUCAACAUAAGCAUUACAAGCAAUAUGAUUUGUGCUGGAUUGUUAAAUCAGGGAGGAAAAGAUUCAUGUCAGGGAGACUCUGGAGGUCCAAUGGUCAGCAAGAACGGCUCCCUGUGGAUUCAGUCUGGCGUUGUGAGUUUUGGUCAAGGAUGUGCUGACCCCAAAUAUCCUGGUGUGUACGCCAGAGUAUCUGAGUAUCAGGACUGGAUCAAGUCUUACACGGGCAGCAACCCGCCUGGAUUUGUUCAAUUCAACACUGACACUGAACAUUCAACUAUGACGACGACUACAACUGCAACAUCUAACUCCAACUUCAGAAAUGCACCCAAACUCCUCUUAUUCAACCUUUCUCUCAUUCCUUUCUCCCUCUUUCUCGCUUCCUAAAGUGAGUGAUUGAACAGUAAUUCUCAGGUUUUUUUGAUGAAGAGGACAGUUGUGCUGUAAAUGCUCUCAUGGUCCUGGAGAAAAGCAAGACACAUUGAGAAUAUUCUGCAUGUAACUUUAUUUGAAGACAGUAAUUGUGUAGUUGGUGAUUCUGUAGUUACAGUAGCUGAUGCAUGUGAGCUAUUGCUAGCUAACUGUUAAUUGCAAGAGAUUUACUUUUCACGGUGAAGCUAUUUGAUCAUAAUAAUAAAUGAAAAAAUUUUUUUUUACCAUAAUAAAUGAAAAAAUAUUU